CUGAAAUCUAGAUAUGCAGCUCUUGUCAAGAACAGCAAGGAUGUUGUGGACCAAACUGAAGAGCAAGUUGGAAGUUAUGAAGAGUAUCGCAAGUCAUAUGAUGAAUGUUAUAACUGGCUUGCCAAAUCAAAGCAUCAGGUUGAGCAUCUGGCAGACUAUUCAGGGGACAAGAAAACUCUGCAAGACAAACUUCAUCAGCUCAAGGUUUUCAAAGCCACCUUAGGCCAAGGUCAUGAAUUGCUAAACCUGGUGACUACCAAAGGUGAAAGGCUAAGUGGUGCAACAACAUAUUCUCAAGGCCAGGAUGCAUUGCUGAAAGAGAGAAAGAGUCUGCAGGAAGACUGGAAUGCAUUCGCAUCUGUUGUCAAUAAUAUUGAACACAAAUUGGAAACAAGUAUUGCACAAUGGAAGGACCUUGAUGAUGAAAAUUCUGCACUUAACGGCUGGAUAGAAAUGAUGGAGAACAAGCUGAAAAGCUGUGUUCAACCUACAGCUCAUUUAUCCAAUACAAGAUCUCAGCUUCAGAAGGCAGAG